AGUAAUACUAUGGUUCUCGCCUGGAGUCCGCCUGUGAUCUGCAGACCAGUGCUGCCUGCUCUCUACCCUGCAGGCCAAUGCCCAAGAGUGCUAUGGAGGCCCUUAAUCUCGUUCAACCUGAAGUAACCAAACUGUAUGAUGAUGGAAAUGAACCAAUUGAUUCAGGACUGCUUCUGUUGAGAAUGUAUCUAUUUGUAUAAUGGUACAGAAGUAGAAUACAUACAUUUCCAACCAAUAUACAUGAAUAAAGACUAAUAUUGCAGAAAUGUGAAACUGUUAGGACACACACUCUUUGUUCCAGAUUUAGCAGACACUCUUAUCCAGAGCGACUUAGUGCAUUCAUCUUAAGAUAGCUAGGUGGGACAGCCACAUAUCACAGUCAUAGUAAGUACAUUUUCCCUCAAUAAAGUAGCUAUCAGCAAAGUCAGAGCUAGCAAGAAGGAAAAGAGCGAGUGUUAGUUCACGAAAUGCUAUAUAUUCCUAUGUCGUUUUGUUCUAGGUUCUUUGGCUGUGGUCUUCCAGUUCCAGAGAAACUUAAGGGCUGCAGAAUAUUGGACCUGGGCAGCGGUUCCGGUAGAGACUGCUAUGCCCUCAGUAAAUUGGUUGACGAGACCGGCCAUGUCACAGGCAUUGAAAUGACUGAGGAACUGGUAUGUUUAGCACCUAGAUCUACAUAUUCACAGACCCUACAUCUUCAGUAAUCUAACAAUAAUUCCAUUACAUUGGUGUGUGAUAUUCUGCUUUCUGCUGUGAUCGUGUGUGGCGGAGUUGGUAGAGCAUUGCCCUUGCAAUGCCAGGAUCAUGGAUUUAAUUCACGCUGGGGUCAUCAAUACAAAAAUCUAUGCGUAGAAUCGGCUACUAAAUGCCUUCUUUGUGCUCAGAUUCUAGUGUCCCGUAAAUAUAUCCAGUACCGCCAGGAGAAGAUUGGCUUUGAGAAACCCAAUACCACCUUCCUCCAGGGGUAUAUGGAGAAGCUAACUGCAGCUGGCAUUGAGAAUGACUAUGGAUAUCAUAGUGUAAGUUCAGGAACCAUCAUGUUACUUUGCUAUCAAAACAAUGAGUCAUUCUUUCUCAAAUGUAAUCUUUUGAUCGUUUAUCUGUUUUAGUCUGUUUCACGAUCUGUUGGGAAGGUGAACAAAAAUCCCCCUUUUAUCUACUGUUUCUUCCAGGUCAAACUGUGUCAUCUGUUUAUGCCCUGAUAAGAAAAUGGUUCUACGUGAAGCCUACAAGGUCCUCAAUGUGAGUAGUCCACCACACUGCCUGUUAUCAUUGCAUAACAUGAUUAUUAAAAACAGUAUCCCAGGGCUUUAUAAAAUACAGAUGGCAGUGACUGUGUCUCAUAAAAAGUACCACUCUCUUUCUUUGCCUCUCUCCCUGUGUGAUAUAGGAGGGUGGUGAAUUGUACUUCAGUGACAUGUAUGCCAGCAAUGUUGUUCCUGACCACUUAAAAGAAGAUCCAGUAAUGUGAGGUAAGUGAUCAAGUUGCACCUUCCUAGCAGACAAAGAAUGUUUGAUAAUGCAUAUUAUGCUUCUGUAGAAAAGCCUAUCUCUUAUCAAAAAUAUUUUUCAGAUUCAGUCUCAUUGGUGACAUCUCAAAGUUAAUUUACCCAUAAGUUGUUUCGCUUGACCCGAGUGUGCCGUGCAAAUUGUACAACUGCACUUCACACUGGUGAUGUUUUCUUUUCUGUUGUGUUUUGUGAUAGGUGAGGGAAUGGGCGGUUCCCUCUAUUGGCGAGACCUCAUCUCAUUGGUCCAGGAGGUGGGCUUCAGCACUCCUCACCUCGUCUCAGCCAGUCACAUCGAGGUCUUCAACUGCGAGCUCAAAAAGAAAGCAGGUACAUGCAUCUCCAUGACUGUCUAAGGCUGCUUACUUUAGGAUGGAAAAAGUAUGCAGUUCUUACGCUAACCUAACCUCACUAAUAACACAUUUAUUAAUGUUGUCUAGAAGCAUUUAGUAUAAACAAUGUAUGCCUAGUCAGUCACUUCCAUCUCCAAUGUGUUGCAGGUGAUAUUAGCUAUGCAUCUGGCACUUACCGGCUCUUCAAGUUGCCCAAAAAGCUUGAGAUGUCAAGUGCAAUAGUGACCUACAAGGGGACUGUGCCUGACUACCCGUGUCAGCUGGAGUUUGAUUCCUCCCACUGCUUCAAGGUAUGUUGGUGCAAACACAGCAGGGGUCUCCAAACCUGUUCCUGGAGAACUACCAGGACGGUUUUCGCACCAACCUGAUUCUAAUAAUUAGCUGGUUGAUCAACUGAAUCAGGUUAGUUACAACAGGGGUUGGAGUGAAAACCAUCAGGAGGGUAACUCUCCAGGAGCAGGGUUGGAGAGCCCUGAAACACUGCAUAAUAGGACUACCCUCACCUAAGCAUUUUUCAUAAAGGCAGCAUUGGUUGCUUCUGUUUAUGUAGCAAGGUAAUGUUGUUCCCUUAGUUUAUGAACAAGUGUUUACAAGUGUUUUACUUGUGUAUGCAUAUUGAAACAGUAGUUGAUAUGGACCACUGAUACACACUUUUUAUACAUACAUUUCUGAAAAUGGAUUCCACACUACAUUAGGUCAAUGCACAAAUUGUGUGGGUUGCCUAAUAUGCUAAGUGAAUGUAUAAUCCCUGUGAUGUUUACUUUGUGCUGUGCAGAAAGACGUGGCGCUGCAGGAUGAUGGGGAGAUGGCUGCUAUCCUCCAGUGCUCUCGCUUCUCCCCUGACUUCUGCAUCCAGAAGGUAGGUACCACUUUACAAAGGUAACACCUUACAUUGUUGCUGUUAUAGCUCUAUAAUAGCAAUGUAAUUACAAUAGUAACAACAUGGUACCCAAAAGCAAUCAGGGACUGUUUAUUACUCCGCAAAUACCUCAACUGGCGUUUACUCGUGAUCAUUUGAAUCCUGAACUGUGUCCUCUGCGUUCCCUUUUCAGUAUGGCCACGUCAGCCCAUUCCUGCUGGCCGAUAAGCUGGGCUCCUCGGUGAAGCAAUGCUCCAAAACAGGCAAAGCCGCAGGAGGCUGUGAGGAGACCUAACUAACUACACCUGGAUGACA